AUGUCCAACAAUUCAGAUUCACCGCGCCUUGAAACUUCGGGCCAGCCUGAGAAAAAUCCCAACUCCUCUACGGUCGUUAUCGAUCCUGAUGGCGAUCUUUGCCUUACGGUUGGGCGCCGAAACGCCAUUACCUUUAUUGUGUGCCCCAAAGCUCUUGCCCGAGCUUCUCCGGUCUGGAAGAAGCUUCUCUACGGCGGUUUCGCAGAGUCCGUACAGCCAGACAAAGCUGGUGGUGAGAAAUGGACCGUCGCCCUUCCCGAUGAUGACCCGAAGAUAUUGCGAGUGAUUCUAGAUAUCAUACAUUAUCAUUUCGAUCGCGUCCCCGGCCGGGUUGGUUUUGAAGAUGAAAACGAAACCUCCGGAAAAACUAUCACCUUCUCUAACUUGUACAAACUCACUAAAUGGGAAGAUGACCUAUUCAAAAAUGGUCACCUCGGAUCCCUAAACAAUGCAGACGUGGAGCGUCUAGCUUGGGUCUCCUGGGAACUGGGGUAUAAGCUUAAGUUCCAAAUUGUCGCCAAAUACCUAAUCAAGAACUCUACCACCACCCCUGCAGGUAUAUUACGACAGGGAUCAGGACCGCGAUUAUUUUCCGAUAUUCUCGAGCCAGGAGAUUUGUAUAAUAUUAUUCGAAUGGAUCGGCUAGCGGCUAUUCGGGAUCUGCCAACUGAGACCCUCUGUGAAGACCGUGAUGAUGCUUGCGAGGCCGCGAUGCUUGGAGUUAUCAUCCGAUCACUCUCAGAAAUGGAUCUUUGGCCUAUUCCCAAGCCCGGAGCAGUUUGUACUAGCUUAGUGACUUUGGCAGAUACUCUCGCGGGCCUGGAUUCGGCAAGUCCUCUAUUCAAUCAUGACUGCGAUGCUCUACAAGAGUUAGGUCAUGUAACUGGGGUCGGGGUGUUCUACCCUUCAUUGAGUAAAUCAAUGUUAGAACAUCUCGAAGCACAGGCAAGGAAGACAGGGUUGUCGAACGCGUAG